AUGGAAGUUGGCUUUCCUGGCCCGAAGAACGAGACCGCAAGCAAGGCGCUAUAUUUUUCAAGUCGUCUCGGAGUACACGGCCGGUCGGAAGACUUCGGUUCCGCCCAACCAACCAUCCCGGCACAGAUACCUUCCCGUCGACUGAAUUCUGCAGCCGAGCAUAAUCUAUUUCAAUACUUCGAUCAUGUUGUGGUGCAGGCCCUUGCCACUAUUCCUCGUACCAGUGUUACAUUGCGUGCCGUGAUAGCGCGCCUCGCUCUUUCUAGCAAUGCACAGUCAUCUCAAGCAGUGAUGCAAUCUAUAUUUGCAUUGUCAUCGCUACACCGCCAUGGCAUUCAGCUUCAGACCAUCAAGUUCAAAACAUCGGCACUUGGCGCGCUGAGAUCUUCUUCGGGUAGCGGAAUUGGCCGUCACGAAGUGGCCCGGCAUAUUGCUGCUUUGAUGUUGCUCUGCGCCUACGAGAUUGAACAAGCAUGGAAUUCUUCGUGUCAAUGGCUGUUUUAUAUUAACGGUGUCAAGAAUGUGAUCAAAGCGUCCUCACCAAGCAUUGAACAAGACACUGAUCAUGAAUAUCUGGCGCUAUUGGACUGGGUACACUAUCAAGAUACAAUGGCGCAUUUUAGUCUUCACCAUUGGAGACUGCGAAAGCGUCCGGGCAAGGAUCCGGGUUUCGAUCAGCUCGUUUCUCUGCUUCCCAAACCAGGGGUCAAAAUAUCCUUGAAGUUUGAGCAACCGCCAAUAUCCCACUUUAUAUUCCUACGAUUGCUUUCCGAGGUUUUCUCAACAGUUCAGGACAAAUCUUAUCCGACGUUCUGUGGAGAAGAUUACAAGAAUCGCCUGAAGCUACUGGAAUUGAAUAUUAGUCGGGUAAAAAACGAUGACGUGUCGAUAUGCUUCUAUGAGCAAGAUACUGCACGUUGUUUUGAAGUAUUCCAAUUGGCAGCCCUAAUAUACAUCACACGAAUGUUGGGGGAUUCAGGAGACGAUGAUCUGGAAGAAACAACCAAUUCUAGGAUCAGCGCAGGAUUCGCAAUACUUGCUAAGAUGGGCACCUGUACACGGCAGUUUCCAUUGUUAGUCUUGGGCUGCGAAGCACGAAGCGACUUUGAUAGGAUAACGAUACUAGACCUCAUCGACAGAACACGAGUCAAGUUUCCUUCGGCAUGUCUCGUGGGCUUGAGGAAUUUGAUUCAGACUUUAUGGGCCCAGGAUGAUCUUGCGGAAGAAGCGCUGGAGUACGAGAAAAAACUCACAGCUGUCAUUAGCUCGAGCGAGACGCUGCCCGCUUUGUUUUAA